UUUUGUGUUUUUUUGUUUUUUUUUCAAUCUCUCUCUUUUCGCUCUUCCCUGUUUCUGGAAUGUGUCCGUUUCAUUUUCCAGGUAAGUGUAGGAGCUCGAAACGCUGGAGCAUGCGAUGGAGCCGUACGUGUUCGCUCACCGGAAACAACCGCCGCGAGCACAGCGCACCACCGCCACCCCCUCCAAACAACAACGACAACGACGACCCAAUAAAUUCUGCGAAUCGCGCACCUAUUUCUCCAUUGCAUUGCUGCACAGCACACCGACGCAAGGCAAAUCCUAACCCUAACCCUAACCCUAACCCUCCCCUCCACCUUCUCCUUCGACCACCUCGUUCGAUAUUGCCAUGGCGAUGAAGAGUAGGGUGGUGGUCGUGGGAGGAGGGAUCGCGGGGGCGCUCCUCGCUAAAUCCAUCCAGGAUAUCGCCGAUGUUGUCUUAAUCGAUCCGAAGGAGUAUUUUGAGAUUCCUUGGGCAAAUUUAAGAGCGAAAGUAGAACCAUCGGUUGCGACGAGAUCAAUCAUCCAGCAUACUGAUUACUUAACAAACGGGCGGGUCAUUACAGCGUCUGCUGUGAAUGUCGGUGAAUUCGAGGUUUUUACAUCAGUGGGCCGCUUGGUGGCUUACGACUACCUUGUCAUCGCAACUGGCCACUUAUCAACAAAUCCUAGAAGGAGAAGUGAUAGGCUAGAAAUGUUUCAGGAAGAUAAUCAAAAGAUAAAAUCUUCCAAGUCUAUCCUAAUCAUCGGUGGCGGGCCUGUUGGUGUUGAACUUGCGGCAGAGAUUGCAAUCGACUACCCUGAGAAGAAAUUGACUCUGGUUCAUAAUGGACCGAGAUUGCUUGAAUUCAUUGGGCUGAAAGCUUCUAGCAAAGCAUUCGAGUGGUUAAAGUCGAAGAAUGUGGAAAUACUUUUUGAGCGGUCGAUUGAUACGGAUUCCAUAUCGGAGGCAGAUAAAGUUUAUACAACAUCAGCAGGGGAAACUAUUACUGCCGACUGUUACUUUAUUUGCACGGGUAAACCUGUGGGCUCUGCAUGGCUUCAGGAGUCCAUAUUGAACGACUGUCUUGACAGAAAUGGAAGAUUGGUGGUUGACGAGAACUUGAGAGUUGGAGGGCGGAAGAAUAUCUUUGCUAUCGGAGAUAUAACCAAUGUACCUGAAAGCAAGCAAGGUUUCAUUGCUCAGAAGCAUGCCAUAGUGGUGGCCAAGAACUUGAAGCUACUGAUGAAGGGGGCGAAGGAUGGUAAGCUGAUCAAGUACAGGCCCUCGUCGCUGACCACGACAGUUACAUUGGGGAGGAAAGAUGCUUUAGCCGAGCUGCCGUUUUUGACCCUUGUCGGGCUUCUGCCUGGCAUGGUGAGAUCGAGGGACCUCUUUGUAGGCAGGACACGGAAAUUGAUGGGGCUCGACCGAUUGGGUUUCUGAUCGGAAUUUGCCAUUCUUUUAUUUUGUUUCUCCUGAUCACCGGAAUUGUUACAACUUGUUUACUCCUGCAUAUAUUGUUGUACUAGAAAGCUUUUGUUCUGUUGAACUCAUUCUUAUAUAUAUAUAUAGAUAAAUAUCUUAUGUCCCGGUCAAAAUUAUUUAGUCUCGA